CCGGGGUUUGGGGAGGAAGGAGAGAGCGUCGCGGACAAGAGGAGGCGGAUGCUCGCAGAGGUACGGCUCCGCCGGACGGGCACGGCUCUGGGCUGAGCCACAGCUGGACGCGGAGUGCCGGUGCAUCCGAGCACCGAGGGCCGUCUGGGAGCCGGCAGCCGCGGAGCGAGCGGAGAGCGCCGGGAGCACGGGCGCAAAGGAUCAGCUACAACGUGUUUCUGCAGGAAGAUUUCACAAUGAAAAAAACUACCCACAGUUGCUUCUUACUGAUUAUCCUUCUUAUUAGAGUGGUUCCAAGUCUUACUGCUACUGUAAAUUAUACUGAUCCUACAUUAGAGCCUGUAGUAACUGAAAAUUCAGUCAUACGACAGAAGAUAAUAGAUUCGCAGUUCAAAUGCUAUGAGAGGAUGAACAGAGCUCCUCCAUAUAGGAAAAAAGGUCUGUUCUGCAACCGAACAUGGGAUGGCUGGUUGUGCUGGGAUGACACUCCUGCUGGCAGAAUCACUGCUCAGAACUGCCCAGAUUAUUUUCCAGACUUUGACCCAACUGAAAGAGCUUCAAAAUACUGUGAUGAAACUGGAAACUGGUUCCGCCAUCCUGAGAGCAAUCGAACUUGGUCCAACUACACUCUGUGCAACUCAUUCACAUCUGAAAAAUUGAAGAUGGCGUUCAUACUUUAUUAUAUGGCGAUCGUUGGCCAUGCUUUGUCUAUAACAUCCUUGUUGAUUUCCUUGGCAAUUUUCUUCUAUUUCAAGAGUCUAAGUUGUCAAAGGAUAACACUGCAUAAGAAUUUGUUUUUUUCUUACGUGCUGAACUCCAUGUUUACCAUUGCCCACCUCAUCAUCGUUGUUCCUAACCCAGGCCUUGUGAAAAGGGAUCCCGUAAGCUGCAAAGUGCUGCAGUUCUUUCACCAGUACAUGCUGGGCUGCAACUACUUCUGGAUGCUGUGUGAAGGCAUUUACCUGCAUACGCUGAUUGUGGUGGCUGUCUUUGCAGAGGAGCAGCGCUUGCACUGGUACUACCUCUUGGGCUGGGGGUUUCCUUUAGUGCCAGCUUCAAUUCAUGCAGUUGCAAGAGCCAAAUACUUCAAUGACAACUGCUGGAUGAGUGUUGACACUCACUUGCUUUAUAUUGUUCAUGGACCUGUAAUGGCAGCUUUAUUGGUCAAUUUUUUCUUUUUGCUUAACAUUGUCCGAGUUUUGGUGACAAAGCUAAGAGAUACCCACCGUGCUGAGUCCAACAUGUAUAUGAAAGCUGUCAGAGCCACGUUAAUCCUGGUUCCCUUACUAGGAAUUCAGUUUGUUAUUAUACCCUGGAGACCAGAAAACCGACUUGCUGGAGAAAUAUAUGAUUACAUCAUGCAUAUAUUAAUGCAUUACCAGGGCUUGCUUGUGGCGACUAUAUUCUGCUUCUUCAAUGGUGAGGUACAAGGGGCUUUGAAGAGGCAGUGGACACAGUACAAAACCCAGUGGGGCCAAAGGCGUCGAGAGCACUGCUCCACCAGAUCAACCUCCUAUACAGCAACGUCCAUCACAGAGGUCCCUGUCUACCUGUACCAUCAUGACUCCAACAAUGAGCAGCUCAAUGGAAGAUAUGUAGACGACUCUGAACUUGUUGCAUUGAAGUCUGGGGAGACAUCAGCCUAGCUGGGCAGCAGCCACUGCAGACACACCAUUUCAUGUCCUGCUUGUGAACAAAGAGAGUAAAAGAGUGGGGAAUCCAAGUGGAAGAGAGCAAGACUGGGUGACUGGACACAUGGCAUUCAAACCACAUCAGCCUCUGACAGAAGCAGUGCAGGGAAUCUGGCACAGAGGUAGGAAUAGCAGUUUAUGCUUCUGAGCAUGGAUGUGCCUGCCAGGCCAUGUCCUUCCUACACCUCCCACAUCAAGUGAUGAUCCAGCAGCAGCAGUGCCAGGAGUGCACAGCAAAUAGGAAAGAGGGAACUGGUACCUGGCAACUGGAAACAUUCCACACUUUUUGCUGUCAGUACUUUUCUUUAAUAGCAGAUUUUGAACUAUCAACUUUUGCAUGAUGUAACUGUCUUGAGGUCCUUUACUUUUCCCCAUUUAAGGAACCUGGUGACUUCUGAAGAGAUUUUGCACACUGCCACACAAAUCAAGCAGAGGAACAGAAAAACUCUUUCCAAAGUCCUCACAUCUUCAUGAUCUCCAACAAAUACCCCAACGUAUCAUCAUCCCAUUAGCAGGUGCAUAAAACAAAUGAUGAUAAAACUGUAAUUGUAUAUUGAGAUCUCAGAUACCCUCAAAAAACAGCCAAAUCUCUCACAAGUCCUGAAGGAAUCUGAAAAUAAUUUCUUUUCAGCAAUACAGGUAGUUCAAAAGCGUCUAUAGGAAAAAUUGUCACCCAAUUACUCAACCCAGAACUCAUCAUUAAGGCAUGAUUCUUUCAUUCUGAAUAAACUGGGAAAUUUAUUUCAAAAUUUUCUUUAGUAGCCACGCAGAGAGGAAUGCUAAAUGAGUUUGGUUGCCUCUAACAAAUUUAUGAUCAUAGCAGUAAAGGAUCCCUUGUAAGAAAUAAGGAACUAAUGUCAUAGCACACAGAACUGUUUUUACAAUUUGUUUGCUGUUCUGACUCCUUUACCAUUGAAAAUGACAAUUUCAUGUGUGAGUUUGUCACCAGGAAAACAAGGUGAAUGUGCAGUUUGGGAAGUAAUGAGCACCUUUUAUCACACAUUCAAAGCAUUGUUAGAGUCUGUGUGAUCACUGAGGCAGAAAUCAGG